AUGUAAUAAUAUUCCUUUAGUUUCUUUCCUCCACAAUAUCCCAAUUAAUAUGCUUAUGCUCAUCAUUCAUAAAAUAUCACUUAAUUAAGAUUAACCCUAAAUCAAGCUCCAUUUCAAGUAAUUUUCUUAAUAUCAUUUUUAUAGAUUCAAUAACAAUCUAUGUUUUAACAAUAGAUUUAUCAUCCACAUCUAACUUAUUUCUUCACUUAAAGUUAAGAUAAAAUACAAUAAUAAUAAUAAAUUAGAUCUUCUCAAAAAAAUGAUUAAAAAUACUAAAAUUAAUAGCAAUAGCAAUAGUACUAAGAUCAGAUAAAAGCCAACUAAUCUCCUCCUAAAUAAUCUUCACAAAAAUUGAUUUAGUCUCAACAUGAUAAGUCCACCAUACCAAACUAAACAAAACCUUAAUCACCUCAAUCUUAAACUCAACUCAAAGUUUAAUAAUAGAAGAACUAAUAAUAAUCAGUUCAAUAAUUAUAAAUCAAUAAACCUCUUUAAAAUAUUCAAUAACCAUAUUAAUCUAAGAAAGAUGAUGAAUUAAAGAAGUUAUUCUAAGUUGCCAAUGAUAGACCGAAAGAUCUAGUUUAAAAACAUUAAAAUCCAGAAGUUAAAUAACAAUAACAAAAAUAAUAAUAAUUAAAACCAUAACUAUAACCAAAAUAAGAAUAGUAGACAAAAUAACAAUAAGUUUAAAAUAAUUAGUUAUAAGAAUUAGCUCUUUAAUAUGAUGAUGGUUUUAUUUAUAGAGGUUAGGGUUAUGAACCAGCUACUAGAGAAGGUUAAGGCAUUUUAACUGAUUAAAAUGAUAAUACAGUUUAUAAUGGUUAAUGGAAGGCUAAUAAAUAUCAUGGUUAAGGCAAAUUAACUAAUAUACAAGCAGAAGAGAUUGAAGGUCCUUUUGAUUAUUAAGAUUUACGUGUAAUUCAAAAUGGUUGGCUUGGAUAUGAAGGUAUUCAUAUGAUGUAAAUUUUAGGGAAUUUCUCUGAAGGUAAAAUGAAAGGUUUUGGAAAAUUGUAACUUACAAAUGGGGAAGUAUUUGAAGGUCAAUUUUAAGAUGGAAUUAUUGAUGGUAAAGGCACUUUUACGACUGUAAAUGGCUAGAUUCUUAAAGGAUUAUGGAAAGAAGGAAUAUUAACUUAAGUUAUUUAUUGA